AUGGCUGGGCCAGUCAGGCAGCCCAUUGACCAAGCGUCACUGGAGCGCUAUCUAGAGAAGAACGUGCCUGAGAUCAAGACCCCUCUAGAUCUGAAGCAGUUCGGAUUUGGGCAGAGCAAUCCGACUUACCUCCUCACAGCCUCAGAUGGCGGCCGAUAUGUCCUCCGUAAGAAGCCUCCGGGGAAGAUCUUGUCGAAGACGGCGCAUCGAGUCGAUCGAGAAUAUACCGUCCUACAUGCGCUGCAAAAUACAGACGUGCCUGUCCCCCAAACAUUUGCUUUCUCCGACGACGACAGCAUCGUAGGCACUCCAUUCUACAUUAUGGAGUUCCUUGACGGGCGGUUUAUCAAGAACCCGGCAAUACCUGAUGUGAGCGCUGAGCACAGGAACGAGAUCUGGAGAGAUGCUGUGCGAACAAUGGCCAAGCUGCAUCGAAUAAACCACAAAGAAAUUGGUCUAGAGAACUUUGGCAAGCCGAAUGGCUUCUACAAGAGGCAGAUCAGAACAUUCAAAGCAUUAUCACAGUCCCAAGCAGAUGCGAAAGAUCAGGAUACAGGCGAAGCUGUUGGCCAACUGCCCGCGUUUGACGAGUUCGUCGAGUUCUUCAGCAAUGAGCAGAAUCAGCCCUUCGACCGAGGAGUGUUGUUUCACGGUGACUUCAAAAUUGACAACCUUGUCUUUCACAAAACCGAGCCCAAAGUAAUCGGCAUAUUAGACUGGGAAAUGGUAACAAUCGGGCAUCCAUUGGGAGAUCUCACCAACUUACUUUCACCCUGGACAAUUUCGAACGCGACUCCUUCUUGGCCGCGCAAACAUGCCGACCAGGCUUUCCUAGACCCUUCGAGAUCGGAUAGCACAGCAAAAGACUGGCCAGGUCUGCCUACACACGCAGAGUGCGUUAAGUGGUAUGAGCAGGACGUUGGUUUCGAUGUGUCUCAGCAAGACUUGGCUUGGGCGACUGCUUUCGCACUCUUCCGAGACUCGAUCAUUUUCCAGGGCAUUGCAGCGAGGUAUGCACUGAGACAAGCGAGUUCAGCAGAGGCACAGUCGUACGGCAAUGAGCGCGUACCUUUUGCAAAAAUGGCGCUGGCAAAGGUGAAUGAGGCUAAGAGCAAGCUGAGUAGCAAGUCGAAGCUGUAG